GGGUUUACAUAAAAAAUCAAGUAUAUUAAUAUAUAUGCAACUGAUGAUACAUGCAAUUAUGUUUGGCCAAGCAUUUUGCAUUAACAACAACAGCAGCUCCAUAGCAACCCACAAAAAUAGCUGCCUCAACUCGUGUGGUGAUUUCGAAAUUCCGUACCCAUUUGGCCUUGACGACAGUUGUUACUUGGAACCCAAGUAUCAAUUCCAGAUCUAUUGUAAAAAUUCAAAGCCUUACCUAUUCAACACCAGUUACAACGUCAUGAACAUAUCAGUCCCAGAUGGCAAGCUAACAAUAACAGGGCCUGUUGUCAGAGAUUGUUACAGUAGCGACAAUGGUAGUCGAAACUCAACUCCUACCCGAGACAUCACUCGAGCCUUGAAUGAAUAUUUCAGUGUUUCAUUCAUAGAAAACAAGUUUUACUCCAUAGGUUGCGACAAUUUGGCAACCAUCAAUGGCUUCCGCAAUGGUAACAGCUACACAACUGGUUGCAUAUCUUCAUGUAGUUUCGCAGACGAAGUUGACUUGAAGUCUUGCUCUGGCGUAGGCUGUUGCAAAACUUCCAUCCCUGAAGAACUUGUUAACUACAAUUUGAAGUUGGGGAGCUACAAUAAUCAUAGCAGCGUUUUGAGUUUUAACCCAUGUAGCUAUGGUUUUGUUAUGCAAGAAAAAGAGUUUAAUUUUUCAAGGUUGGAAGAUUUCAGCAAUGUCACAAAUGUUCCGGUGGUUCUGGACUGGGCUGUUGGGUUCAAUUCCUGCGAAACAGCCAAGAGGAAUAUGGAGACUUACUCUUGCAAGGAGAAUAGUGUGUGUAUAAACUCGGCUUCGAGAACAGGUUACCUUUGCCAGUGCUCCGAGGGCUACCAAGGAAACCCAUACCUUUCAAAUGGUUGCAUAGAUAUUGAUGAGUGCAAACAGAAACCGAACUUGUGCGGAAAUGGAACUUGUGUAAAUACAGAUGGGAGUUAUAAGUGCUCAUGUCUAAAGGGGUACACACCAAUACAGAAUGAAACCUUGUGCAGUACUCAAUCUCUUAUGAAUAAUGAUUCUCAUUCAAGAAACCUCAUAAUUAUUUACUCUGUUUUGGGUAAGUUUUAUCUUCUCUGUUUUCACUAUAUACAUAUUGUUGUGUUUGAUCAACAAUCUCAACAUGAAAUUUAUAAAUCUGCAAACAAUUAUAAGCUAGAAAAUAAAGAACAAAAAUAUGCAAAACUGUUUUUAUUAUUAUAUACAGGUUCUACUUUUGGCACAUUUUUUUUACUAAUUGGUUUAUGGCACUUAAUGAAGUUCAUUAUAAAAAGAAGUAACAUUAAGCGCAAAGAGAUACAUUUUCAAAGGAACGGUGGUUUAUUAUUACAACAACAAUUAUCUACACAUGAAUAUAGUCUUGAGAAAACAAAAUUAUUUAGCUCAGAAGAACUAGAGAAGGCAACAAACAACUUUGACAUGGAUAGAAUCCUUGGCCAAGGAGGUCAAGGAACUGUUCACAAAGGUAUGCUCACAGAUGGAAGAAUUGUUGCAGUUAAGAAAUCGAAAAUAGAAGGAGAAGCGAAAAUCGCAGAGUUCAUCAAUGAAGUUGUCAUCCUUUCACAAAUCAAUCAUAGAAAUAUUGUCAAAUUAUUGGGUUGUUGUUUGGAGACCGAAGUUCCUCUUCUAGUUUAUGAGUUCAUACCGAAUGGUACUCUAGCUCAUUAUCUCCAUGACCACGACAGAGAGUUUCAAAUGACAUGGAACAUGCGGUUGCGAAUUGCUUCAGAAAUUGCAGGAGCACUUUUUUACUUACACUCAGCAACUUCAUCUCCGAUUUACCAUAGAGAUAUCAAGUCCACAAAUAUAUUGUUAGAUGAAAAAUACAGAGCAAAAGUUGCAGAUUUUGGGACUUCGAGGACAGUUUCUAUUGACCAAACUCAUGUCACAACACUUAUUUAUGGCACGUUUGGUUAUUUAGAUCCGGAGUACUUUCAAUCAAGCCAAUUUACUGAUAAAAGUGAUGUUUAUAGUUUUGGAGUUGUUUUAGUUGAAUUGUUGACAGGUGAGAAAGCAAUUUCUAUUACAAGGUCCAAAGAAGGCAAAAGUCUAGCCACAUAUUUUCUCAUUUCAAUGGAAGAGGAUCGACUUUUUGAAAUUCUUGAUAGUCGACUUAUUAAAGAAUCUGAAAACCAUAAUCGUGAUCAAAUUAUUGCAGUUUCUAACUUAGCCAAGAAAUGCUUGAAUUUAAAUGGAAGGAUGAGACCAACAAUGAAAGAAGUUUCAGGUGAGUUAGAGAGAAUUCGAAUGAUCAACAACCUUGAUGGGGAUUAUAAUGAUCCCAAAAUUGAUGAAGAGAUAGAAUACGUAAGAGGUGAACAAAUUGAGCCUUGGGAUUUUUCUAAUGUCACAACUAGUUCAGCUAGUAUAAAUUAUGCUUCUCCUUCAACUGAGAUUGAACAAUCUAUAUUGUCUUCUAGGAGUCGUUGAUGGAAUAAGGAAAUUAAUAAGUUUUUGUAUCUUUAUUAUUAAUUAGCUCACAAUAAAUCCAGUGAUUUCAAUCAAGUUAUGGUCAACUAAUAUUAAUACUAGG